GGAAGCCUGAGGAAGAGGGCGGCGGUGACUGUGGUGACUGAGCGAAGCCCGGUGACAGGAUGGUUAUCGCGAUUCUGUAACACUUUGAGGUGGCUUACGGACGUGACAGCCAAAAAUAUAUGGCUGGGCACAGAUUGGUGUUGGUAUUAGGAGAUCUGCACAUCCCCCACCGGUGCAACAGUUUGCCAGCUAAAUUCAAAAAACUGCUUGUGCCAGGAAAGAUUCAGCACAUUCUCUGCACUGGAAACCUUUGCACCAAAGAGAGUUAUGACUAUCUCAAGACUCUGGCCGGUGAUGUUCAUAUUGUGAGAGGAGACUUCGAUGAGAAUCUGAAUUACCCAGAACAGAAAGUUGUGACUGUGGGGCAAUUCAAAAUUGGUUUGAUCCAUGGACAUCAAGUUAUUCCAUGGGGAGAUAUGGCCAGCUUAGCCCUGUUGCAGAGGCAGUUUGAUGUGGACAUUCUUAUCUCAGGACACACACAUAAAUUUGAAGCAUUUGAGCAUGAAAAUAAAUUCUACAUUAACCCAGGUUCUGCCACUGGAGCAUAUAAUGCCUUGGAAACAAACAUUAUUCCUUCAUUUGUGUUGAUGGAUAUCCAGGCUUCUACAGUUGUCACUUAUGUGUAUCAGCUAAUUGGAGAUGACGUGAAAGUAGAACGAAUUGAAUACAAAAAAUCUUAAAGCUAGGCCUGUCUUGAUGAUUUUUCAUUUGGGUUUUUUUUUUCAUUCCCCUGUUCAAAUGAAGUUAAUUAAACAUAUAAAAGUGAUAUAAAAAUUCUAUCACUUUUAUACUAUUUUGCAGUAAAACAUAGUAUCAUCUUCUGUUAAUACAAUGCUCUAAGCUUCUUAUAAACUAUAAGAACGUAUUUAGUUUGAGUAUAUGAUUUCUAUGAAAAAAUGUCCUCCACACAGUAAAUGGUCAUGUGUUAAGAAAAAUUUAUCCUUGUAAAUAUCUUGAAAGUUGAUAUUUGGAGCUUUAUUACAAAAGUAGUGCAUGAGGAAAAAGAAUCUAGACUUUCUUGUAUACAUUUCUCUUCUCCAAUAAUAAACAGUUACCUUUCAUUUAUA